UCCCCCCGAGUCGAAAAGAGGGGCGGAUUGGGGCGGAGCGCGGCUUCUGCGGAGGACAAGGGACGCUCUCCUCCUGCAAGUCUGCCUUCUACCAAAAUGAGCGGCCUGGAUGAGGGCAACGAUCUUCCUGCCGCUAAAGACUGCGGCCAAACCACUGCCGAGCCUGCCCCGGGACAUCCGGACCUAAACCAGUGCCAGGGCGAGGAAACCGAGGCGACGCCGGUGAUGGCGGACACAGGUGAGGGCAGUUUGGAGACCGCCGCGGAGGGAGGCGCACCCCAGAACCCGGCUAGUUGUGCCCCGGUGCUCCGCGUUCGCAUUUUUGGGAGUCGCGGCCGUGUAGCGACCAGAUCGGGUCAGAAAGAGGUUCUGCUCCCCACGGAAGGCUUGGCAGCAGCCCCUGCCUCAGCCUCCGCCGCGGUGGCGACCGACAAUAGCCAGGAAAAUGGCUGUCAGCCUAGAGAGCCGCAGGGCCCUGCUGGGGAGAAAGCUCUAGAAGCCUGUGGCGCGGGGGGGCUGGGGUCUCAGAUGAUGCCUGGGGCGAAGGCCAAGGAAAUGACGACAAAGAAGUGCGCCGCUUCAGCGGCUGCGGAAAAGGAGGGAGGAGCAGAGGAGGCGGUGGAGGAAAAGAAGGCGACGCAGAAGGAAAAAAAAGUGGUAGGAGGAAUGAAAGAGGAGGCCCGGGGCAAGGCCCCGAAGAUCAAUAACUGCAUGGAUUCGCUGGAGGCCAUCGAUCAGGAGCUGUCCAACGUAAAUGCCCAGGCUGACAGGGCCUUCCUUCAGCUGGAGCGCAAGUUUGGCCGCAUGCGAAGGCUUCAUAUGCAGCGCAGAAGUUUCAUUAUCCAGAAUAUCCCAGGUUUCUGGGUCACUGCCUUUCGGAACCACCCCCAGCUGUCACCUAUGAUCAGUGGCCAAGAUGAAGACAUGAUGAGGUACAUGAUCAAUUUGGAGGUGGAGGAGCUCAAACACCCAAGAGCCGGCUGCAAAUUCAAGUUCAUCUUUCAGAGCAACCCCUACUUCCGAAAUGAGGGGCUCGUCAAAGAAUAUGAGCGCAGAUCGUCCGGUAGGGUGGUGUCUCUUUCCACUCCAAUCCGCUGGCACAGGGGCCAAGACCCCCAGUCCCAUAUCCACAGGAACCGGGAAGGAAACACUAUCCCCAGUUUCUUUAACUGGUUCUCAGACCACAGCCUCCUAGAAUUCGACAGGAUUGCCGAGAUUAUCAAAGCAGAACUGUGGCCCAAUCCCCUACAGUACUACCUGAUGGGUGAAGGGCCUCGCCGUGGCAUCCGAGACCCAGCAAGGCAGCCAGUGGAGAGCCCCAGGUCCUUCAGGUUCCAGUCUGGCUAACUGAUGACCUUGUGAGAAGCUCCAGCUCAAGUCUCCUCGCCACCUCCCUUUGAACCUGUGCUUAGCCAACAGCAUGCAGUCUGCUAUUUGCUUUCUCUUCACACUGGACUAUUUUAUCCUUUGGUUCUUCUAAAUCUCCAGCAGUCAGUUGCAAGGUUGACUCUUACAUGCUUGUGUUCUUCCUCCUCUGGACCUUUAUGCUCUUCUGUAUCCUGUUACAUGUUCCAAGUGCAUGGCCUUGUACUGCUUCUUUGCCAAACACAUGAUGCGGUAGAUAGGCACUGCCUUCCUUUGCAUGCCUUGGGCCCUAUCUGUGACCAUGGUCUUCUCCAAGUUUUUUAAGUGGUUAUCUACCACAGAGAAGCUUGAAAUACCUUUGCAAAUAACUAGCUGGUCUUCAUACUUUACGCUGACUGUCCUCCUGAUACCCAUGUACUGUAUGUCGAGUUCCUUGAAUUUCACCGCUGCAAGACGAAGCUGAUCUAGAUGAUGCCAGCCGUCAACCCAAAUUGGACAUUCUGGCUACCACUGACUGGUUCCUAGCUGCCUUCCUAGCCGGUGCCAUCCACCCAGCUUGUUAUCUGGCAGAAUAAGGUGGCUGGUAGGUGGCUACUAGGCAUGAAUGAGGUAACAGAUGAGAGGUGUUCAGUGUUACUGCCUUAGUCUUCUUUUGCCUUUGGGCACUCUGCUUUGUGAACAGGUACUGACAGGUGAGUAUGAAGGUCUGUGCUAUGGCCCACCCAAACCUGCUCUUAGCCUUCUGGAUGAGCUUUGCAUAGGCAUCAUUGCCUGCUUCCUCAGCAACUGUCUGUGGAUUUAAGCUCCCAGGCAGCACAUAGGAAACUUCCCCUCAAACCCCCUGCCCCAUCAGAUGGUUACCUGUAAACCCAUUUGGCUGUUGGGCAGGUUGGGCAGGCAUAUGUGAUGGUGCCCAAAGCAAGGCUGGUAAUGGUUCACUUCCAGCAGUUAGGCUUUCUGAGCUGUAGCCAACAAACCACCCUUAAUCUGGCCAACUUUGUUAGGCCUCCCCCUGCUAACUCCUGCACUCAUUCUCAGAAUGAUAGCAGGAAAGUUGCUGGGGUGAGGGCACUGGGGUAGAGGUCUUUCUGGUUUGUGGGGCCUGUUCAGUAUCUAUUAUCUUUCUCUCUCUCCCUUCCCCCCACCACCUUCCACUUCCCUCUCCCUCCCUUCCCCCCCCCAACAGUUACAGAUCAGAAACGAGAUCAAACUGGCAAAAGCACGCGUUUUGUUUUAUUUGCUCUCGACUUGACUGUGUCCAGAGGGAGAAUGGCACUCACUGCACAAUAGACUCCAGAUCUCCAGCUGUGCUUUCUGCCCUCACGCCUCCCCCUACUUCCUUUUUAGUAGGGUCUGAAAGUUUCAGAGGGAGACCUGUGUAGGUUGUUCAGUUACGAGCAGUGUUCUUUUGGGCCAGCUUUGACAACGCCACCCUUUUUCCCUGUCCAUUUACCAACACCUGCGUGUUUCCUGAGUUUAGUUUGAGAGGCAGAGGGGAAAGCCAGGGGGCCUCACAGUGAUGGGUUUAAGGCAGACCAAGAGCAGGUUGUGGUGUAAAGCAACCAAAACUUGGUUUCACUCAACAUUUUUUCACUCUUUUUUUUUUUUCUUUUCACCUUUCUUUUCCAAAUUUGGAAAUAUGGGGGGUGGUGGCCUUGGAUCAUUUAGAAAUAACCCCAGGGCAGCAUUUUGAAGGUCACCUCUGUCCUCUAUUCUGUUACUGCUCUGAUGUCCCAGGGGCCUCCAUCCUGGCCUUUCUGGUUCUCCUCCACUUCCGCAUUUCCUUCCCUGCUUCUGUCCCCAAAAAACUAGGGAGCAGGCUGCCAUCUACAAGUGGGAGAUGCCAAGCUUCCCUCCUAGGGGUAUAUGGGGAUGUGUGGUGUCUGGAUUUCCAGGACAGUUUCUAGUAGGUGGGACAGCAGUGCUGUCAGGGCUCUUACUUGGGUGGUAUGUAGUGAUAGUAAUGACUAUCUGCCUUUCUCCUUUUUUUUGAAGGCCUUUCCCCUAAUCUCUGUGUGUGUGGGAGGCCAGUGCACAGCAAGUGGGGAGGGUGCUCUAGGCGGAGGAACCUGAAAGCCCAGAAACAGAAAUGAACCUGCUGUGGAGUAUUCUUGGAAAGGCACGGGAAAGACUGGAACCCUGCAGGGUUGGGGAUGGUGGGGAGAGGUCCCGGAAGCUUUUCCCAGGAGAGGUGGGAGAAUCAAAAGUGGUUGAUGUUUAAAGAGGAUACUUGGAGUCAUUUUCCCUAAUUCCCUUGAAUUCACCAGUAGAUUUUUGUACACAAAAAUGCAAGGCUGAAUGUUUUCUCUCUAUUAUUGUAGGAGUGAUAUUUUCUGUGUGGAAGAUUAAUGGUAUGUGCUCCUUAUUUCACUGUAUUUGAGUAAAAUCCUAUUAAUUCCUUUCUCUGUUUUUGCUUGCCGGCAAAAUUGACAUUCACAGGCCUGCUUUUUGCUUGUAAUUGAGAAUGUGCAAAAAUAUCAAAACUGUUCCUGUGCGGUAUGAAACCUGUGAGCAGUCACUAAUAUAUCCGCUUGUUCUGAUCUGUCUUCAUAUAUAGUUCUAUUCUUAGAAAUAGAAUUUGAAUGUGAUCUUUGAAAUUUUGCAAAUUGUUGCUGUCUUGUGAAAGUAAUCUCAAGAAGAAAAACAUAACUCUAUUGUCUUGAUAUUUCUUACCCUAAUAGUAAUGUUGUACUUGACAUCUUAUGUUCCUAACCAGUGUACGUACUUGUAGAAUUGCUCUGUCGGACUAAACAAGGAUCGUUAAGUACUUUAGUCUUCAUAUAUGUGCUCAAAGGAAAAAUAAAGUCUGUCACUGCUGUACUUCUUGUUUUCACCAAAAAAUAAAAAUAAAGUUCUGUGUUGUCUAGGCUAAUAAAAGGUUGGGAAAUCAUUAAAGUUUCCAAAUUGUCACAGUAAGCAUUGCCCUGAACUUCCAAAAAAAAAAAAAAAAAAAAAAAGCCACCAAAUUUCUAGGACUUUUUUUCUUGAAAAAUAAUAAAUAAGAAGACUAACUAACUUUAUGCUCAUGAACAAAAUUUUUCCUCUUCAACCAGUGCAGUUCUUGAAGGCAACUGAAGUACCAUUGUUUAUUUUAGUCUGUACUUAACAUAGUGUUUUCAGUAGAAAACAUUUUUGGCUUUUUAAGUUUUUAUUUUAAUUCCAGUUAAUUAACAUACAGUGUUAUAUUAGUUUCAGGCCUACAAUACCGUGAUUUAACAAUUUCAUAUAACACCCUGUACUCAUCUUAGCAAGUGUACUCCUCUAAUCCCCAUCACCCAUUUAACCCACGCCCUCACCCUCGCCCCUCUGGUAGCCAUCAGUUUGUUCUCUAUAAAUAAGAGUCUGUUUCUUCUUUUGUCUUUUUUCCUCCCUUUCCUUGUUUAUUUUGUUUCUUAAAUUCAUAUGAAUGAAUGAAAUAAUGGUAUUUGUCUUUCUCUAACUUCGCUUAGUGGAAAACUAUUUUUAAUGCACCAUUCUUGUUUACUACAUUUAUGUUAACUGAUCUUAUUUUUUUCUCAGUGAGCUUAAGAUAGACUUUUGGAAGAAAUUAAUAACUGUAUUCUGUAAGUGCUUAAUUUCUUUUACACCACUGUGGUGCUCUAAAAAGAAUAACAAAAAUUGUGAUUGACAUGUAGUGUCUAGAAACAAAUGAUCUCAGACAUCUCAAUCUAAUUAGUAAUGUUUUGCUACUCAGCAACUGUCACAUGAAGGUUUCAGAGCUAAAUACUUCCGCAUUCUCUGGAGUUGAGGGGGCUUUGGAUAUUGCAAGACCUGUGAAAAUGAAUGGUAUUUUUAGCCAUCUAAACAGAAAUUUUACAUAAAUGGCCCCAAAUUAUUAUUAAAGAGACCCGCUGACUCUUGAUGCAAUUCAUAGUUGCAGGUUUUACUUAAGUAUAUAUUUUUUCUAGACCUGGAGAACUUAAGUUUUCAGAGAGCUAGGUUUUCUUGGCAAACUAUACUCUGAUCCAAAUUCUAUACUCUAUUUUACCUUUUCAAUUCACUGAUUGUUUUUUUCCUGCAUUGUCAAUCACCUGUUUCAAGCAUUCUCUCUUUUCUGGACAUGGUCAGAAAAGUGUCAUUUUUGUUGCCCUUGGUUUAUCAUCAGCUGUAACCAAUGGUAUUCACUUUUCUAGUAGGUUGGUGCCACUCAUUUGUUAGAUUUCUGUUCUGUUAAAUUAGAUUCAAUUAGACAUUAUGUAGUUUUCACUUGCCAAUUAAUUGGUUUACUCCUAUAUCCUUGCUCCACUUCUUUUCAUUGGCUUUUUUUCUUUUUCAAUUCUAGACCCAAAUUAUUCCUUAUGCAGACCUCCAAAUAAGUUAUGUGAGGUUCUCUCAUCCUCUGUUCACCAAAGUAUCAUUUGGUCUGCUCAGACCAUAUUGCUGUUAGUAGGGUCAUCCUUCAUAAUUUCCCUGGACCCCGCAUAACAGAAUCUCCAUGAGCAUUCUUUUCCAUUUCUGGGUAUUCAGCUAAGACUAGACAAUGACAAAGGGCUUCUCUAGCUUUCCUUACUCGGGGUCCCAUCUCCCCACUACUGCUGUUGCUGUUUCUGCUUCUCCUUUAUGUCUAGUUGAGUCGUUUCUGUAAUCAGUGUUUAUCAUAGAAACAAAAAUUACCUGUAUUGUUAUUGAAUCCCCUGCUCCACAAACUCACAGUUUGAGCCUUAGAUACCUGAUUUGUGUCAAAGAUACUGUCUCUAGUUUGACAGUCUCAGGAAAUCCCGGUAUGUCUGGCACAUCCAUUUGUGUUCUCCUGUUACUUUCAUAGUUCUGACACAGAUCUUACUAUCUCCAUUUAAAUAUUUGAGAAAACAGGCUCAGAAAGUUGAAGUAAAUGUGCCUAAGAUACAAGUCACAGAAAUGUAUAUUUUUUAAUUUCAAGCCUAGGGUAUCUUCCACUGUUACAAAUAUCUGUACUAAAUUUGGCAUGAAACAAAACAAAACUCAUUUAUGUGAAUAAUCAGGACUCAGUUGAAAUUAUUCUUCAUUCAUUCAUAAUUGGUUCUUUUUUCUUUUUUUUUUUUUUAGGAUUUUAUUUAUUUUUCAGAGAGAAAGAGAGAGAGCACAAGCAGUGAGAGUGGCAGGCAAAAGGAGCCCGAUGUGGGACUUGAUCCCAGGAUCCUGGGAUCAUGACCUGAGCUGAAGGCAGACACUUAACGAAUGAGCCACCCAGGCAUCCAUGAUUGGUCUUUGAAAGGUUACUUUUUAUCACUUAAUACAGGGUUCCAUACAGUCACAGAUUAGAACACUACGGAAAUUUACAAAUGCAAUCUUUUUUUUUCUUUCUUAAAGAUUUUAUUUAUUUAUUUGACAGAGAUCACAAGUAGGCAGAGAGGCAGGCAGAGAGAGAUGGGGAAGCAGACUCCCCGCUGAGCAGAGAGCCAGAUGUGGGCCUCGAUCCCAGGACGCUGAGAUCAUGACCUGAGCUGAAGGCAGAGGCUCCAACCCACUGAGCCACCCAGACGCCCUACAAAUGCAAUCUUGAUAAUUGCCACAAAAAUGAAUGAAAUUAGGUUUGUUGACUUCAUCAAAGGGAGUAAAUGUACAAAAAGGACUUUAAAUAUUAUAUUUAUGAAAUUUAGUUGCUAGGAACUGUAUUGACAUUUGUAUUAAAUAAGAGAAUUUGAGUAUUUUCUAAUUGAUUCAACAUAGUGAUUGCUUUUAAUAGGUUCUUAGUAAUUUAUUAUAAUUAAUUUUUUAAAGUUUUUUUUUUUUUUUUUUUUUUUUUUUUUUUAAUUUUAAGUACACGCUACCCCCCAGGCUGAGGCAAACUCACAUCCAAGAUCAAGAGUCUCAUGCUCUACCAACUGUGAGCCAGCCAGGUGCCCCAUCCUUCUCAUUAUUAAACUAUAUUAAGUUUUAAUCUUUACCAAGAAAGUGCCAAGGCCAAAGCACUAAUAAAGUAAAAUAAGGGUUUUUCUUGUUUUGUUUUUCUUUUAAAGACUCUGAGAAACUGGUGCAUGGUAUGGAAAACUGACUGUCAAGCAGUCUAUGUAAUAUUGUAGCAGUUUUUCUAAUUAAUGACCUGACCCAACUUCUCUCAAUAGGCCCAGAUAUCCCAUCUCCCAUUAAGUUUACUUGGAUCAGUUUUCAUUAUUCCUUUUCCAUUUUGGUUUCCUCAGCACCAGAGGGGAAAUUUGCUAAGUAUGCAAGGUGAACAUUUGAACCUGAAUAUGAAGAAGAAUAGACCUGCUUACUGAUGACUUAAGUAUAUGUGGCUUCUAAGAAGAGUAGACUUCAUUAUACAUUUUAGGACUCCGUAGUUCUUGGUUCUCUAUUUUACUCUCCCAGGUAAGUUCUAGGUCAUAGAUCUUUGCUUUAUUAUUAUUUUUUUUUUUACUAAAUUGUUACUUUAGGACAGAGCCUGUGUCUUUAUUUGUAAUCCCUUACAUGUCCUGCUGUGGUGUGACUGUUAAAUUUGAAGUGUGGUUUUAGACUGAUAAUUUGCCCCAAUCUUACAAUGUUGGAAGACUUUUAGGUGUCAGUCAACUAAGGGCAUGAGUUCUGGGGUGAAACUUGGGCUCAUGUACAGACUCUGAUCCUUAGUAACAGUACAGUUUUGAGUAAUUAUGUUAUUUAACCUCUGUGAAUUUCAGUGUCCUUCUCUGUAAAAUUUUAGUAAUUAUGCACACCUUACAGGCAUGCUGUAGGGGAUAAAUAGGGAAGAUGAAGUAGCCUGGUGAAGAGUUAGCACUCAUUGCCAUUAUUUUUUUGCCAUUAUUUCUGAGGAUGAUUCUAGAGACCAACAAGACCCAAUGUGGAUUGGACCAUGCCCAAGGAUUUUCAUGGGCAGCACACUGGGUAGCAGAAAAGAUCCAUUAAGAAAUCUGGCAUUGUAUAACAGGGAAGCAGGAAAGAAUCUGAAUUCUCAUGACAUGCUGUACUUAAACACCAGGGCUUUGAUAUGCUGAUGGAAAAAAUGUUCUGUGUAUAGGAAUACAAGUGAACUUAAAUAUGAAAGCAGUCCGGCUUCUAGAAGUUAUAGUCCUAGGUUUGUGUUAUAAGAUAAUUAACAAAACAAAACAAAACACCCAAUUGUUUUAAAUUUUAAAUCUGCUUUUAAAUAUAAGCAGAAAGAUGUAGGAUUAGAGGAUUCUCCUUAAAGAAGAGAGAACUAAGUUGUCCUGAAACAUUUGCUAAGGAGGAACCCAUCACACAAACACCGCCUUAACACAAACUACAGAAACAUCAUAUCAUUCAGUCUGACCAGGUUAACUCUGGAAUCAAGUAGGAUGAGAAUACUCUGCUUUUUCAACAUGAUGCUUUGGGCCACAGCUGGGAAUCCUGCAGCAAAACACCUGCUUCAGACCCCAGCAGAACAGGGGAAUCCAUCUUCCACAAUUCCAUUUAACCUGGAAUCUCAACAGUGUGAGAUGGAAAGAGAGUUUAGGGCUACAGCUGGAGCCUUCUGAGGGCUUUACUGUAACCCUGUCACUUGGCCAAACCGUCCUCUUCCUUGCUUCCUUGCCCAUGUUCAGUGGAACAGGGUGGGUUGGGGAGGUAGAGUUUGAUAGGAAAGGAACAUUAUUUCAAUUUUGUCUUAGGAAAUAAAAUUUUCAAGCUGUUGACU